GUAAAUCAGAUUGAACAGAGAGAAGAUGACAGAUCGAAACAGUCAAGUCUUGUCCGAGAGCCACUGAAACCGAUAAAUAUUUGACAUUUUAAUGAUGAAAUAAUUUGGUUAUAGAAUCGUUUUUAAAUCUCAGGGAGCCGAAUAAGGAAAUAUAUUUAUUUAAAUACAUUAAAAUAAUAUUUAGGAUCUUUAGUUGUUGUAGCUUUACGGGAAAUUACCAUUCGGACCCAUUUGUUCAGGGUGGCAACGAAUACUUCAAGCUUACAAGACACGGCAUUUUUUUCUCCAUAAUAUUUGGGAAGUCUUGAUCAACCAAUCAUGGGAGACUGGGGGUUCCUCUCAGCUUUACUGGACAAAGUACAGUCCCACUCCACCGUCGUCGGCAAGAUAUGGAUGAGCGUCCUCUUCAUCUUCAGGAUCCUGGUGCUGGGAGCAGCGGCGGAGAACGUGUGGGGUGACGAGCGAUCCAACUUAGUGUGCAACACCAACACCCCUGGAUGUGAGAACGUGUGCUAUGACUGGAAGUUCCCCAUCUCGCAUAUUCGCUUCUGGGUAAUGCAGAUCAUCUUUGUUUCCACUCCAACUUUGGUAUAUCUGGGCCACGUGGUGCACGUCAUCCACCAAGAGAACAAACUGAGAGAGGAGCAGAAAAGAAACCCGAUGUCGAAGUCACCAAAAUAUACAAACGAAAAAGGCAAGGUUGAAAUCAAAGGAAGCAUGCUGGGUAGCUACUUGACCCAGCUGUUCAUAAAAAUAAUUUUAGAGGUGGCUUUCAUCGUUGGACAGUAUUAUCUGUUUGGAUUUAUCAUGGAUCGUCAGUUCAACUGUAAGCGGUUGCCUUGUACAGUGGAGACUGAGUGUUUCGUGUCUAGACCCACAGAGAAAACCAUCUUCAUUAUCUUCAUGUUGGUGGUGGCAUGUGUGUCUCUGGCCUUAAAUGUUCUAGAAAUAUUCUAUUUACUUUGUAAGAGGAUAAGUGGGAGAAAUAAGAAAUAUAGGAAUGCAAUGUAUACUAGCAAUUCUCAAUAUCCUUCACCUUUUUCAGUAGAACUUGAUUCUGUGAAUGGAAUAAGGCACAAUGAGUUAAACAUGGCCUUUCAGAACAGAUAUGGUCAAAGCAAAGGCAGCCUUGAUGGAGGCAAAGCUGAGCCAUAAGGCAAUAAGUCAUUGUGGUAACAUGAUAAAUGCACAUACCUAAUAUAAUUAACUCUAUACAACAACUUUAAUAUAAUCAACACAACACAGUCAAAAGGAAAAAUAUGUUGAUUGUAACUUCUGCUAACUGAACACUAGAUGGCGCUGUAAUCUUCUUGAGUUGCACUCACUAACCCUUAACUUCUGUCACUACAAGGCCAGUGAUUUUUUUAUUUUAUUUUUUUUUUUGUCUCCUGUACUGUAGUUUUUAUAUAAUUUUAAAGUAUUACUUUCGCAAAGCAUCCAACACGAAAUAUGUGUAACCAAUUUUUUGCUUUUUGUGCACUAAGAAUAAACAACGUGAGAUAAGUAGA